GUCGACGAGUGCCCCUGGACGCCGACGUCAGUGUCGCGGCCGUCGUCGCGGCCAUCCUCGCGGCCCUCGUCGCCGUGCGGGCCGCGCCGGUCCGGCUCCAUCAAGGCCGGCACCGGCAACCUGGCGUACCUGGCGUCGCGGCGCGGCUCGGGCGCCUCGCAAGUGGCGUCCGGGGCCACGUCGCCCGCCGCCUCCGUCGAGGACGUCGGGCCGCUGGCCUUCAGCGCCAACCCGCGGCAGCGGCAGCGGCGCACGUCCAACUUCCUCGAGCUGCCAGUCCCGGACCACAUCCGGCCGCGGGUCUGCUCGCUGCCGGAGAAGCCCUACAACCCCCGGUCGGGGGACGACCUCUACCGGCUGCGCACCUUCUCCAUCACCAACAAGGGUGGCGUCGUCAACUGCGGCGACUCCAUCAUCAACAGGCGCUCCCGCUCCAACACCAGCGUCAACUCGACGGCCAGCAGGGCGUCGGGGCUGAGUGGCGAGCGGUCGCCGUUCGAGGGCUCGUGCUGCGGCUCGUCCUACAACAACGUGUCCUCGGACACGGCCAGCCAGGAGGAGCAGAUCAACAAGUUCCGCGUCGUGCUGCUGGGCGAGUCGGGCGUGGGCAAGACGGCGCUCGUGUCGCAGUUCAUGACCUCCGAGUACAUCCACACGUACGACGCCUCAUUGGACGACGAGUUCGGGGAGAAGUCGGUGUCCGUGUCCAUGGAGGACGAGGAGUCCGAGAUGGUGUUCAUCGACCACCCGGCGUGCGAGAUGUCGGUGGAGAACUCGCUGUCCACCUACGAGCCGCACGCGUGCGUCGUGGUCUACAGCAUCACGGGCAAGGAGUCGUUCCGGACGGCCGAGGACAUCCUCAACUACCUGUGGCGCGAGCGCUACACGCAGGAGAAGAGCGUCAUCCUGGUGGCCAACAAGGUGGACCUCGCCCGCUCCAGGGUCAUCUCUACCAACGACGGCAAGGCGCUGGCCGCCUCCCGGGACUGCAAGUACAUCGAGACCUCGUCCGGCAUCCAGCACAACGUGGACGAGCUGCUGGUGGGCGUGCUGAAGCAGAUCCGGCUGCGGGCGACGCGCGACCGGAAGCGCCAGCGCCGCGGCUCGGCGUCCAGCCGGCUGCACGGCUCGCGCACCUCCCUCUCGCUCAACAUCGCGCGCGAGAUCCUGCACAAGAUCUGCCUCAACGACUCCAAGUCCAAGUCGUGCGAGAACCUGCACGUGCUUUGAGAUUCACCGCCCGGCGGAGGCGGCGGCCUCGUCGGCGGGGGCCUCGGCGACCUCCAGGACGUCCCCGAGGACGCCUCCGUCGAGGUGUUCGUCUGACUACGGCCCCGGGCCGGGGGGCUGCUGCACGGCCUGCUCGGGGGUGCGGAGGCCACCGAGGCCACCUGGGUGUGAACCACCACCGCCCCCCGGCCGCCCCCGGCCCGGCGCCGCCCCGCCUCCACGGCCCCUCAGGUGCCCUGGAGUCCCUGGAGUCCCUGGAGCCCGACAGCAGGACGCACGCGCCAAGGCUCACACGUGGACGAGGAUGAGAACAGUGUUUCUGCCACCUGAGGAGCACGUGUGAUUCGAUUAUCUCGACAUUCAUCCAAACGGAAUAGUUGUACAAAGUCUUAUCAUAACUAUUUUUUCUUGAAAAAAUUAAGGAAGAGGGGGAUAUUAUUAUCCUUCGCUCUCCACUGACUUUAGGACGAUAAAAAAUAUAAAUCUCUGUGUGAUAAUGGUGGCUGUCGCUGUCAAUCUUUGAAUGCUUUGUAAAUAGUUUAUUUAAUAGGCCUGUUUCUUGCUGUGGACUGUACUGCCAGAACCGGUAUGACGACAUGACUUUUUCUGACUGAUGGACUUGUGUGUAACUUAUGUGUAAAUAUUAUGUUCCUUGUUAGUAAGAGUGUUUCUGUACAUUUUAAUUUUGGGGUUGUGGCAGCUGGUUAAAUGUCUCUAAAUUCAAAGGAAAUGUGCCUUGUCUUGUCGCUUUAAUAGUCAUUCAUGCGGGGAGCUUGUUUUCUCGAUGCGUAUUUUGUGGCUGCGUCAGAUGUACACUGCAAUCCCGUGAGUGAGGUUUCGAGGUCGAUAUGAGUGGGACAAUUCUGCCUCGUCAUUUGAGUCAUAUGCGCCUAAUUCUCAAUCCAAGGGAGUGAGACUUCCCUGUCCUCGCCCAAUUGUAGUGAGGAACCUCAAUCUCAUUGGGUGAGGACUGUAAAUUCACUCGUAAAACAAGUGUGCAUAAUUUGCACGCACACCGUAUGCAAGUUGUUAUUUUUCACAUUAAAUGGUGUGUUACUCGAGUUGCACACUUGCGUGGUGUGCAAAUUUUAGACGUUUUAAACGUUUAAAUUCUGCACACUUGGACACACACACGCACACAGUUCUAUGCUAUCAAUAGGAACCAUAUUAUACGGUGUGCAGCUGCUAUACUUUUUGGAAGUGUCGAAAGAUUAAACACCAAUUGACGUAUGACAUAGUUAGACACAAUAAUGUGUCUAGAAAAUGCACACUUGAACAUUAAAUUGAAGUGCAAAAUUAAACGCCUGUUUUACCAGUGUUCUGACUCCAAAUAGAGUGAGAAAUAUCAUCUUCCUCUGAGGAAAGCGGAGUGUUUCUGAUCUAGCCUUCUGGAGAGUGCGAGAUCUUGCUCUAGAAUUUACAGUGUACUUAUUGGAAUACACAGAGAAGGAUCAGGGUCAGGUUGAAAUGAUGUAUAAUGUAUAUAUUUCCAAGUGUGCAAAUAUAUCUGCCACAUUUGUUGUAAGUUGUAUUAUGUAAUGUAAGUUAAAAAUGAAUAAGUUCAUGUAUCUCGUCAAACGAAGUGGUGAUACCGUAAUCUUAGUAGCUUCUCUGAAGGCUAGCGCUCUCACUAUUUUUGUGACUUUGUAGUAAUUCACUGAGUUUCUUUGCUACUCCGUUGUCUUCCUCUUUUCGCUGAAUGCAGACUAGGGAAAGGGGUUUGCGCUUACGGAGCUCGUAAGUAGAGAAAAGAAACUCUCUGCCACUAUACUUUCCUAUCCGACUGAUUUUUAUUUUCUA